AGCAUCUUAUGAAGAUGGAAAAUUGAAGGGUCCAGUGAAAGCUUGUGCGGGAAACCAAGGGACUCAGAUCCAUGUGGAGGACUUGUUCUUUAACAUCUCAACUCGCAGGAAAGCUCUCAAAAGUCCCUCUGAGGAACAUGCCCGAGUGUUAGAUGUGGUUAGCCGCUACGCAGUUCACAAUCCACAUGUUGGAUUUACGCUCAAGAAGCAUGGAGAGGGCCUAGUAGAUCUCAGAACGGAGCCUGAGUCAAGUCAUACUGAUAACAUUCGUGUUAUUUACGGCAAUAACAUCACCAGAGAAUUAUUAGAAAUAAAUACAGAAGAUGAAGGUCUCCAGUUAAAACUAAAAGGAUAUAUUACAAAUGUAAAUUUUUCUACCAAGAAGGCGAUCUUUCUUCUGUUCAUCAACAACAGACUGGUUGAUUCAUCAGCAAUUCGUAAAUCCUUGGACAAUGUUUAUGGACUGUAUCUACCUAAAGGAUCCCAUCCUUUUAUAUAUUUGAGUCUGUUUAUGAAUCCUCGGAACUUGGAUGUCAAUGUCCAUCCAACAAAACACGAGGUCAAUUUUCUACACGAGGAAGCAGUAGUGGAGAGGAUAAAACAGGAAGUUGAAAAACUGCUCGCAGGAGCGAACACUUCUCGUACAUUUUUUUACUCAGAACUAGUGUUUUUAAAUCUACGACGAGAAAUAGAGCAAGACGUUCACGUUGGACUAAGAGAGAUUCUAUCCAACUUAAUUUUCGUUGGAUGUGUCGAUCAAGAGCGUGCCUUAAUUCAACAUGACACUAAUCUUUAUAUGUGUAAUACACGUUUGCUUGCAGAAGAAAUGUUCUAUCAAAUCUUGCUAUAUGAAUUUGGCAACUUCGGAGUCAUCAAAUUUAAGGAAAGCCUGCCACUGAUGGAAGUAUGUGAACUCGCCUUGGACUGUCCAGAGGCUAGCUGGAAGCCAGAAUACGGCACUAAGACUCAACUGGCUGCUGAUGCCACGGAACUGCUAGUCUCCAAGGCUGUCAUGCUCAAAGACUAUUUUUCCAUCGACAUUGAUGGCCAUGCCAUGCUGCUUACCAUUCCAUUACUUUUAGUUAAUUAUGUACCUGACUUUGGGCAGUUGCCAGUUUAUAUUUUGAGACUUGCAAGUGAAGUAAACUGGACAGAUGAACAGCUGUGUUUCCAGACGUUCUGUCGUGAGACGGCCAAAUUCUACAGCAAACUACGCCCCUCGGUUGACUCCAAAAACGAAGAAUGGCAGUGGUCUGUGGAACAUGUGAUAUAUCCAACACUGAAAGCAAGUUUCCUUCCUCCGAGAAAAUUUGCAGAGGACAAAACAAUUGUCCAAAUUGCUUCUUUACCUGAAUUGUAUAAAGUAUUUGAAAGAUGUUAAUGUUAAAGAUAUAUUUCCAAGUGUAAAUAAAUAUAAAUCUUUAGAAGUAAAA